ACUUUGUUAGCAACCGGCAACGGAUACUUUCUAACAUAUUUUGCUCACUCAUUAGACUUUUCAUCUUCGUCAAUGCUUAGUUAGCUCCCCAAACAUUUUUCUCCCAAAUUCAUCCUCUCAAUUUUUCCGGCUCAACCCCCCUUUUUUUAGGGUUUUUCUCUCUCCUGGAGCUGGUUGAUUACUUCUUGUUUGGGAGGUGUUCUGUUUGAAAACGUUAAUUGAGCAUCGGAUGAGCACGAUUUGAAGGCAAUCGUCUCUGAGUAGCCGUAGUAUCAGUUGUUGUCGUCGUCGUCAUGUUGGUACAGAAUCAGGGACAGGAGUCGCCUACUGAGAGUGCCAGUUCACGUGAUACGUCACCUACUGCUGAUGGAAUUGUGGCGAAUAAUCGGGAGAAUGAGAGUAAUGGUAAUGAUUAUUCACGAGAUACAUCACCUACUGCGGAUGGAUUUGUGAUGAAGAAGCGGGAGAAUGGGAGGAAUGGUAACGAUUGUUUUGAGCAAGCCGGUUCACGUGCUACGUCAUCUACUGCUAAUGGAAUUGUGGCGAAGAAGCGGGAUAAUGAGAGGAAUGGUAAUGAUUAUUCACGAUAUACAUCUCCUACUGCAGAUGGAUUCGUGAUGAAGAAGCGGGAGAAUGGGAGGAAUGAUAAUGAUUGUUCUGAGCAAGCUGGUUCACGUGAUACGUCACCUACUGCUAAUGGAAUUGUGAGGAAGAAGCGGGAGAAUGGGAGGAAUGAUAAUGAUUGUUCUGAGCAAGCUGGUUCACGUGAUACAUCACCUACUGCUAAUGGAAUUGUGGGGAAGAAGCGCGAGAAUGAGAGGAAUGGUAAUGAUUAUUCACGAGAUAGAUCACCAACUGCAAAUGGAUUCGUGAUGACAAAGCGGGAGAAUGAGAGGAAUGAUAAUGAUUGUUUUGAGCAAUCAGUGGUUAGGAGGGGAAUCUUUACGGGAGAUAAGAUUACUCUCCGUACCAUAGCUGAAGAAAGGGUCGAUGUCAUCUCUGAGAAAAUGCAGGUUCUUCCCGAUGAAUACCUUGAAGAGCUGAAGAAUGGCCUGCGUGUUGUUCUUGAAGGAAAUGGUGGCUCACAACAGCGGGAGGAAUUCUUAGGCUUGCAGAAGCUUGUUCAAAGUAGGUCGGACUUAACUCCUAAGAUGUUGCGACGAGCCCACCGUGUGCAACUUGAAGUUCUUGUUGCCAUGAAGAUGGGAAUCCAGGCUUUCUUGCAUCCUAAUGUCUGCCUUUCUCAAACUUCUCUCAUUGAAAUAUUUGGCUGUAAGAGAUGUCGAAAUAUUGCGUGUCAAAACCAGCUUCCUGUGGAUGACUGUACCUGUGAUGUGUGCACAAAUAAGAGUGGUUUCUGUAAUGUUUGUAUGUGUGUAAUAUGUACUAAGUUUGACUUUGAAGUGAAUACAUGCCGAUGGAUUGGUUGUGACUUAUGUUCACACUGGACCCAUACAGAUUGUGCAAUACGUGAUGGAUUAAUCUGCAUGGGUACAUCUGCUAGGGUUGGGACUGGACAGGCUGAGAUGUUGUUUAGGUGUAGGGCUUGCAAUAGGACAUCUGAACUUUUAGGUUGGGUUAAAGAUGUGUUCCAGCAUUGUGCCCCCACUUGGAGCAGGACAGCUCUUAUGACGGAACUUGACAUAGUUGAACGCAUUUUCCGUGGAAGUGAAGAUGUUAAAGGUAGGAAACUAUUCUGGAAGUGUGAGGAACUUGUAGAAAAGAUGAAGAGUGGACUACCUGAGUCAGCAGCUUGCAGGGCGAUCCUGAUGUUCUUCCAAGAGCUCGAUGCGGAUCCAUCGAGAAAUGCAGGAAUGGGGGAAGGUGGAAGACUGUUAGCACCACAGGAAGCCUGCAAACAAAUUGCAGAAGUUGUACAGGAAGCUAUAAGGAAAAUGGAGAUGGUGGCUGAAGAAAAGCUAAGGAUGUUGAAGAAAGCUCGCCUUAAUCUUGAAACUUGUGACCGUGAGCUUGAAGACAAAGCUAGGGAAGCAGCAGAGCUGAAGCUUGAAAGGCAGAGAAGGAAGCAACAGAUAGAUGAGCUUGAAAGCAUUGUGAAACUUAAACAGGCAGAAGCUGACAUGUUCCAGCUUAAGGCUGAUGAGACUAGACGAGAAGCUGAGAUGCUCCAGAAAAUUGCUCUUGCCAAAUCAGAGAAAUCAGAAGAAGACUAUCGCACUAGAUACCUCAAACUUAAGCUGAGCGAAGCAGAGGCAGAAAAGCAAUACCUAUUCCAGAAGAUGAAAUCUCAGGAUAGUUCUCGUGCUACGCAUGGCAAUGAUGUGAAUGAUUCUUCACAUAUGUUCUCUAAUGCACUAAAAAAUGUGUACAAUGUUUCAUCCAGUGCUGAUUGCCAGACCAGUGAGAGGAACUCUGGAAGAAAGAAUUCAUGAAUAUGAUAUAAUCCCUCGUAUGAAUGGUAAAAGAAUAGAUGCCGUUCCUAGGACAUGUCGAGGUUCAAUUGCAGGUACUGGUUUUAUUCUAUAACUUCUUGCAUUUUUUAACUGGCAGUUGUACUAAAGUAGGAAGUGGUGAAUGUACAAGGUCUUGUUUUACUUAUUCUCAUCCUGAUGUCGAUUUCUGUGUUUCUUUUCAGCAUAAUUUGCUGGCUGUGAUGGAUUAACUAGUUUAUUGUAUGUUAUAUAGUGCUGUUGUUGUAUUUCAUUCCCAUCCUAAUUUGUGUGUAUAAUGCACAUACAGGGUGACUCCAAAAUAACUUCUCAAUAUGUUUGACUAUUUAUUUAAGGCCUGUUCUGGUCCAACUAAUUUUUUAUAUGGUAAAUUAGAUACAACGUCA